AUGCCAGGCGUGAUCAUGAUGUUUGCUCUCUUUUCGCUCUUCACCAUCGAGAUGUGGCUCAAGGCCAAGACUGGAGGUCAUUCUCAUGGAGGUCCUAUGGGAAGCGGAGGAGGAACUGUUUCUCUGGCCACUCAGGGAGCAAGACCCGGGGUGGUGACACCGCAAAGUCUCCCUCCCUAUGGGCAUCCGAGAGGCACCUCCAGCUACGACUUUGAGAAGCCUCAUGCCUAUACCCAUGAGUUGCAAUUACUGACAAGAAACAGUACAUACGAGGUCAACUCAGGUCCACGUGAAGAGAUGGAACAAUACAAUAACCUCUCUGACAUGCCGGCGUGGUUUCAAGUGUUUUAUGCUCAAUAUGUCCGCCAACGGGAAGAAAUGAAGUCAGCAAUCGUGUCGCUCACUCCUCCCAUCCAAAGUGAGACUUCCUCUUUCGAUGACAGCUCUUCGGUCCAUCUUUCCGAUACCGAAGCGUCAGUGGAUGCCAUGACAUUGAAGCGGAUGAACCUUAACAUCACCCUAUUGGAAGGCGGUAUUCUCUUCCACUCCAUUUUCGUUGGCAUGACGAUUUCAAUUACCACGGAUGGCUUUUUGAUCUUGCUCAUUGCUAUUCUGUUCCAUCAAUUCUUCGAAGGUCUUGGUCUUGGUUCUCGUAUCGCCGAGGUUCCAUAUCCAAAGAAGGCUAUUCGUCCUUGGGUCUUGGUAGUGGCAUUUGGAACAACAUGCCCAAUAGGUCAAGCCAUUGGUUUGUUGACACGCAACUCGUACGACCCGUCCAGCGCUUUUGCGUUGAUUCUAGUUGGAGCAUUCAAUGCAUUUUCUUCCGGUCUCCUCGUCUAUGCAGCCUUGGUAGAUCUUUUGGCCGAAGAUUUCCUAUCUGAAGAAGCGCAGCACAUCAUGACAAAGAAGAACAAGAUUGUCGCUUUCACUUAUGUUCUUCUUGGAGCUGCUGGGAUGUCUAUUGUCGGCGCAUUCGCAUAA